ACACAGCGUCCCCACUCCCCUGCAACCCACUACCCUACUACACAGCUCUACUCAUCCAAAAUCUCUCUAAUUUUCUCACACUGAAGAAAAUAAAAACCCAAAAUCCUCCUAUCAUUCUACUCAAUCCAAAAAAAAAAAAAGAUAAUCCUUUCAAUGGCAACAGCUUCAACUAGUAGACCACCCACCACAAUUAACGACCUUCCUGAUGUAAUCCUUUCCAACAUAAUCGCUGCAAUCUCCGACUCCCGCAGCCGCAACUCAACCUCACUCGCGUGCCGCAAAUUCCUCGUCCUCGAACGCUCCACGCGCCUUACCCUCACUCUCCGUGGCAACACGCGCGACCUCUUCAUGCUCCCCACUUGCUUCCGCUCCGUCACCCACCUCGACCUCUCACUCCUCUCCCCUUGGGGACACCCACUCCUCUCCCCACGCGCUUCACGCGCCACCGAAGAUGACCCUGAUUCGACCCUCAUAGCCCACCUCCUCCGCCACGCGUUCCCGUCGGUCCACGCGCUCACCCUCUACGCGCGUGACCCCCACGCGCUCCGUUUGCUGCCCGCUCAGUGGCCGCAACUGAAGCAUGUGAAGCUCGUACGUUGGCACCAAAGGCCGCAGUUGUUAGCAAAUGGAGAUGAAUUUAACUUACUAUUUCAAGGUGUCCCACAGUUGAGUUCGCUUGAUUUAUCGACUUUUUAUUGUUGGACUGAUGAUAUACCUAUAGCUCUUGAAUUGAACCCUAUCGUGUCGCGUAAUUUAACGUUGUUGAAUCUUAUGAAUGCAUCGUUUUCGGAAGGUUUUAAGACUGAUGACAUUAGAGUUAUUACGAAAUGUUGUCCUAAUCUUACAGAGUUGAAAAUCGCUUGCAUGUUUGAUCCUAGGUACAUUGGUUUUGUUGGUGAUGAAGCUUUAGUUUGUAUAUCUAAUAAUUGUCCUAAGUUAUCGGUGCUUCAUUUAGCGGAUACGUCUGUUUUGUCGAAUUGUAGGGCUGAUCCGGAUGAUGAGGGGUUUACGGAAGAAGAUGCUAAGUUUAGUGUUUCGACUUUGAUUGAGGUAUUUUCGGGUCUUUCUUUACUUGAAGAGCUUGUGUUGGAUGUUUGUAAUAAUGUUAGAGAUAGUGGUCCUGCUUUGGAAAUACUUAACACGAAAUGUCCUAAAUUGAGAUCGUUGAAAUUGGGGCAAUUUCAUGGCGUUUCUAUGGCAAUUGAGUCGAAGUUGGAUGGAGUUGCGCUUUGUCAAGGGCUUGAAUCUUUGUCGAUUAGAAAUGUAGGUGAUUUGAAUGAUAUGGGGUUGAUAGCGAUUGGUAGAGGGUGUACGAGAUUGGCUAAGUUUGAGAUUCAGAGUUGUAAGAAGAUCACGAUGAGAGGAAUGAGGACGUUAGCUUCUUUGCUCCGGAAAAGUUUGGUUGAUGUUCGGAUAUCUCGCUGCAAGAAUCUUGGAGCGUCUUCAUCGUUGAAAGCAUUGGAACCGAUACAAGAACGUAUAGAGAGGCUUCAUAUUGAUUGUGUGUGGGAUAGUGUUGAAGAAAUUGAAAAUCUUAACGGUGUUGAAUAUGGGUUUGAUCUCAAUGAGACUAAUGGAGGUGAGGCAUCGAGUCAUGGUGCUGGAUUUGGGGACACGUUUGGUACCAUGGAUGAUGAUAUCAUGUUUAACAGGAAUAAAAGAUGCAAGUAUGACUACGAUCUUAAUAGUGUUUGCACGGAAGACAAUGGCUAUGGGAAUGGAUUUGGUGGACGAACGUGGGACCGACUGCAAUAUCUCUCGCUUUGGAUUGGUGUAGGUGAUCUUUUAACUCCUUUAGCAGAUGCAGGUCUUCAACAUUGUCCUAACUUGGAGGAGAUCAAGAUUAGGGUGGAAGGAGAUUGCAGGCUAUGGUCAAAACCCUCAGAGAGGGCAUUUGGGUUGAGCACCCUUUCGCGGUACCAUAAUCUUGUGAAGAUGCAUUUGGAUUGUGGAGAUAUCAUAGGUUACGCACACACUGCCCCGUCGGGGCAGAUGGAUUUGAGCUUGUGGGAACGGUUUUAUCUCUUUGGGAUCGGAAAUUUGAAUCUCAGGGAACUUGAUUACUGGCCACCACAAGAUAGAGAUGUUAAUCAAAGGAGUCUAUCCUUGCCAGCAGCCGGGCUGCUACAAGAAUGCAUCGAUCUCAGAAAGCUGUUCAUUCAUGGAACAGCGCAUGAACAUUUCAUGAUGUUCCUACUUAGAAUCCCGAACCUAAGAGAUGUACAGCUGAGAGAAGAUUACUAUCCGGCACCAGAGAAUGACAUGAGUACAGAAAUGAGAUCCGAUUCCUUGAGCCGCUUUGAAGCAGCCCUAAACAGACGACAGAUUUGUGAUUGAUGCAAGGAACAGAAAAUAUUUUACACUUUUCCAAUAUGUAAUUGCCCUUGUUUUUUUUCCUGAUUGAUGCAAGGAACAGAUACUAUUAGCAAUUUUCCUAUGCCCAAUUGUCAUAUUAAAUAUCCAGAUCCUCUGUAUAGUUUUAUGCAUCAGUUAAUUUAUGCAUUUUGAACGAAAAAGUUGUUUUUACUUUGGGA